UUAAAUUUAAUGUGUCAGAACGUUGCGAAAUCACUGUUGGCGGUAGUGUAUUUCAAAUGAAUUAUUUCGACGUACUGUGAUCGUCUAUACAGAUAGAAAAGAUCGGUUGCGAUGAGUUUUUUAAACAUAAACACCGAUCUGUUGCCUAUAAAGGUGACACGCGCAACUGGAUUCCAUAUUUGGUAUACUUCUCGCGUUUCUAACUUCCACAAAAUAGGAAAUUCGCCCAUAAACCCAUUCCUGUCGACGAUUGCCAAGCAGCGGGGUUAUUCGUCAUCGGUGUUUGGCAACAUUUUCACGUUACUGUUGCUGCUGAACAUCGUGGUCAAACCACUGACAGGCUAUAUCACUGACAGAUGGAAGUGCCGACGGACUGUUUUUUUAGGCGCAAUCCUUCUCAAUGGCCUGAUAACGCCCACGCUGUACCUCGUACCGGGUGCCACUUCGUCGACUGGUGAGAUGUCCGACGCCGAAACCUUUGCUUCGUUGCAAUUCUGGUGGUUCGCGGCCGUUGUCACGCUGAGGAUGGUAUUGCUUAUGAUCGGUGAAGUCCUGCAGGAGACCAUCUGUUUGGGAAUCCUUGGUGGAGACACCGUCAAAUUCGGAAUGCAACGUCUAUGGGGUGCGGCUGGAUGGGGUAUUAUGUCCAUAGUGGCGGGGGGUGCCAUCGACUGGUACAGCAGUGGUCUAGCACAGAAGGAUCAUUUACCCGGAUAUUUGCUUUCGGCAAUUUCGCUUAUCGUAGAUUUUGUAGUAGCAUUUAACUUAAAGAUACCUGAGACUGACGGGCCGACAACAAAUAUACUCAAGGAUGUGAAAAAAGUGAUGAAAAACGCUAAGGUAUGCGUUUUCCUAAUUUGGGCAACUAUUGGAGGAAUUUUUACGGCGUACAUUUGGUAUUAUUUUAUCUGGUAUCUCGAUGAUUUGGCAACCAUUUAUCACCCUGAACGGAAAUCGAUAUUAAGCUCAAUCGAAGGAUUUUCUCUUACAAUCGAAUGUUUAGGUGGGGAAGUUCCCUUUUUCUACUUAUCAGGCCACCUGCUCAAGCGUACCGGGCAUAUGACGGCUUUUUCCAUAUCAUUUGCCAUGUUUGCAUUAAGAUUUCUUUUGUAUUCGUUUAUCCGAGAUCCACUGUGGGUACUGCCUGUAGAAUUGUUAAAUGGUAUAACGUUUGGAUUGAGCUACAUUGCCGGAAUAUCAUAUUCUGCAAAAAUUGCCCCUGUUGGUAGCGAAGGUACAGUUCAAGGGUUGUUUUCGAUGGCGUUCCAAGGAGUCGGAGCUUCGUUGGGAGCAACAUUAGCUGGUUACACAUUCAUACAUUUAGGCAGUGUAAUGGGUUUUCGACUUAUCGGUUUGUCUGCUCUUAUUUUAUGUGUCAUUCAAAUAGUCGUUAAUCACUUUAUAAAUAAAAAUAGGAAAUUAAUCGAUAAGUAAAUAGACUUUAUUGAAGUCACUUAAAAUAAAAGAGGAUUAGAAUAUUAUAUAUUCAUUAUUUUGUACCUACACUGUCAGACACUUACAAAAUAUAUUAUGUACUUAUACAUUUUUAAAUAUAUUUGAUGUAAUCGUUAUUUUGUGUAUAACAACAAUAAUAUAAUUAUGUUAUUGAUGACAGAGAUCAGAGUUUUUUCUGACGAUCUAACUAUUGUAACUAAUAAUUGUCCGCUGAUUUGAUUAUUGUAUGAUUAGUGGGUUAUAUCUAUAAAAUUUAAAAUUAUAAUUGUACAAU